AGAUCGUCAGUCACCUCUCGGACGCCUUUCUUGUAACAUCGUCAUCGCGACGAGCUUAUCGGAUAGUCGGAGUUUGCGGGACCGUAGAAUAUAAAAUUCGAUGAUAACAGUAUAAAUAACAAGCUUCGAAAGAAAGCGCAAUCCGUUAAUCGAAAUCAUUUAAAUAUUUAAAAAGAAAAAUACGACAGAAGCUCGGACUAGACGUGAGAUGCGCGAUAGAUCGUGAUACGAUAGACCGAGAAGACACGCACAAAGAGAACAAGAACACGAUAUAAGAUUGAACGAAUUAAAAAUCCAAUGAAACAACACAAGCGUGCGUGAGAACGCAAAAAAGUGCCAAGUUUCGGAAAUCGUGUUUUUUUUCUACGGAUUGGAGAAUCUGGAAACGUGUUCGCACUUGUGAACGUCUUGCGAAUUAGCGAGCUGCACGCGGUUGAACGUGCGAAGACACCACAUUCAAGCGUACUCGAAACCGAAUUGAAAGAAGAAAGCACAACUGGCUUUUUUUGUCGUCGUUGAAACAACGUCGAGAAAGUUCCGAUCGCUUCGCGAUUCCACACUCGACGAUCGAUUUCCAGUUUCUUUUUUCUUCGGCUUCAAGAUCGUCUAAUUUUUCACGCACAAUCGCGUGGUUAUUACCAAACAAUAAAUUCUCCGGUGAAGACGCGAGCGCGACAAACCUCGUCGAGCGAAUCCUGGAUUUCUCAAUAUUCUGAGUCAGAUCUACGACACAGAGGGCGCGCUUCGAAGAGAAUAUUCUUCACAUUAUCGAAAGUGGCAGUUUUUGUGUUUCGCGAAGUUUCAUUGUUUUUCUCCCUUCAAUAUCGCUCAUAUUGUUUUCAUUAUUAUCAUCAUCGGUGUUAACGGCUACAACAAACGUGGAUCAAUUUACAAACUCUCCAUUUUACGUUUUCAUUAACAACGUGCCAAUACCAGAGUUUUAACUUCGUGCUGACGAGACAAAGCUGUGCGACGAUCCUUACAGUACUGUAGAGAAAAAAACGUGUGCGCUCCACUUUUCCGAAACACAACGGAAAAAUAAGGGAGAAAUCAAAGUGAAUAAUAAUUACGUUCGUAAAAAAGUGCUCCGCGUUAUUCCUGCGAUUUAAAAUAUUCCAAAUAUACCAGCUAAACGAGUUUUAGAACGAGAUCAAGUUGCACGAGUGUUUCUUUGUGCGGAAUUUUUUCAUUUCUAAAAUUACUAUCAUUUUAUAAACAUGUCUACCGCCGUCAUGAGCAGUCCCAAUUUCGAGUGCAACGAGCAUCUCUUUAAGAAUUCCGCGUCAUCGAAGCCGAAGGAUUCCUCAUCGAGUCACACGGUCGGUCACGCGCCGUUGCGUCGGAGUUACACGUCGUUGGUGACACUGAUCGAGCAGCAUAGGAAGCUUGACCGGAGCGUGAGCGAGCCGACGUCGCGUUACAAGACCGAGUUGUGUCGCCCGUUCGAAGAGAGCGGCGCUUGCAAGUACGGGGACAAGUGUCAGUUCGCCCACGGCUACACCGAGCUGCGUAAUCUCGCUCGCCAUCCGAAAUACAAAACGGAGCUGUGCCGCACCUUUCACACGAUUGGUUUCUGCCCUUACGGCCCGCGGUGUCACUUCAUCCAUAAUUUCGAGGAGGCGAGAAUACACAAUCAAAAAGUGAGCGCCCAGUUGGGCUCGACGCAGCCAAACAUCAUGGGCCUGAGUCCGUUGCUCAACAACUCCGCUGCUAGUUUCAACCUCAACAUAAGCCUACUCGAACAAAUUACGGGAGGAGCGCCUCAGGCGAUCGCGGCCGCUGCUGCGGCCGCGGCAGCUGCCGCCGCUUCCAACAAUCCCGCUCCGGCUGUACCACUCAUGAGAACAACCUCCUUGAGCCUCGGCAUACAAACAUCGAGCAACAAUCAAACCUCGUACAACGCGAGUCCGGCGUUGCUCAGGACCAAUUCCCUCAGCAUGGCUUCCCAUCAGCAGCAGCAGCAGCAGCAGCAACAGCAACAAAACACUCAUCACCACCACCUCCAUCAGCAACAAAUUCACUCGCAGCUCGGCCACAGCGCGGGUUCGGUUAUCGGCGCAGCGAGACCGAAGCCCUUGAACCUCAGCCCGACGUUCUCUCUCGGCAGCACCGGCGACUCGGGCUCGCCCUCCUCGAGCCUGAGCCAAUCCCCGACGAACUCGAUGGCCAGUUUCUUCAGCGACGACUCCACCAACAAUCCGCCAACUACGCCUUUCAGUUUCGGCCAAGAUUUCGGACUCCUCGCGACGAGGCACACGCCCAGCCCGCCGAGCCCGAUCGCCGACGACCUCGCGCCGAGGACACCCUCGCCAAUGUCGCCCAACGCCGAGUCGAGACUCCCCGUUUUCAACAGAAUCAGCUCCACCAUCGGUGACUUUGACAAUCUCAAGAUCUAAAUACUGAAGACACUCUCGUUAGAUUUACCGCGCUCCGAUAUUCCCAUUGACCAACCUUCUUGACCAUCCUUCCAGUCUUUUUACGAUUUAACCUCGACGGGAGUUUCGGGGGAGAGACUAAAUCACGAGACGGGCAAACAACGAAGGAACAAGUGACGUCACGAAUGUUAGCGAAGAUUCUUUUUACACAUUGAGCCCAGCCUUGAUUUUCUCUCUCUCUCUUCUUCUCCUCGUUCUUCCCCUCGCGACCUUUUCGCGCGUUCAUCAACAAUCUCUUUCUUUCAUACGAAUUUAUUCGUCCAUUUGGCCGUGUGCUUUUCUCCCAUUUUUACCGAGCGUUUCUUCGGGAUCGAUUGCUCGACGCAACUUUAAUUAUCAAAUCUCUCUUUCGCCGCAAUCCCAUCAUUAAUAUUAUUUUAUUAUUAUCACCAUUACGAGUGUUAUAUUUAUAUAUAAAUAUAUUAUAUAUAUAUAUAUAUAUAUUAUUGAUAUAAAUGAUUUUAUAUAUCAAUUCGAAGCUCCGACGAACAUUCGAGACUUUUCAGUCGCGCGCGCACUCCGUGUCCUAAGACGCGAUGAUUUCUUUAUAUAUUUAUCGUCCUCAUUCUCUUUUAUAACGUAGAAUUUAAGCUCGUUAAGUCAUAAGCGAGACUGAGGAUGCGAUUUCGCGGAGAGACGUCGCGGGCAAGCCCUCCUCUUCGUUCGGAGUGGAAAUAUGAAGCGUACACAAAUGACGAUGGGGCCGAGUCUUUCGGCGUAUAAUUUUCCUUUCCUUCAUUUUUCAUGCUGAGGCGCGUGAUUUUUUCGCUCUGUUUCGUUGGACCAGUUUUUCCAUCGCCCGAUCGACGUCUCUCUCUCUCUCUCUCUCUUGGCGAUAAUCUCUCGAUAUGACUCGAGGCAGGUGAGACGGUUGCAAUAUUCCAAAAGAAAUUUUCAUUGAACUUUCAAAAAAAAUUACUCUUUAUUUUCUUUGCUCUUGCGUUACGUUUCCACUCGUUUUUCUUCGUGUCGAGCACCGACAAACGUGAUUCAUUAGAAAUAUCCUCCGGAUCGCGUCUCUGUGAGAUCCGAACAAUCAAAUAAUUAUGUUAAACGCGAUUAUGAAAAUGAUUAUUUUACGAGAAAACAAUAUUUAUAAUAACUUUAGUUCAUUAGUUACGAUUGUCUUCCAAUGCUUGGGUGAGAACGAGAGUCUGUGAAAAGUGUGUGAUUCUUUCGGUUAUUUCUUUUCUUUAUUUUCUUUCUUCUUUUUUCUUUGAUUUUUUUCGUUUUCUCUUUUUCUUUUUUUUUUGUUUUGUUUAUUGCGAGACAACAGCGCAUGCCUUUGUUUUCAUUUGUCACGAAAAAAAGCGAAAUUUAACGCGAUCAUCCACUCUCGAAUCGUCUGUGAAUUGAUAAUUUAACGGCCAUUUUAUAUUAUUUAUCAUUUAUUUUUCUCUUUUCACCUCCGAUAACACUGUUUCAUCUCAAAUAUAAUUUUACAACGAUACGAGAACGUUUGAAUUCGCAUUUGAUUGAUUUGUCCGCUUGUCCAAUGUGAACGAGAAAUCUGGCGAUUUCGUAAAAUUCAAACGUUGCCAGGCCGCUUCCCCCCCCCCCCCCCCCCCCCCCCC